ACUGCUGUGUGGCACUAACCAGAAGUUGAUCGUAUUUAUUUAUUUUAACAGCUGUGUUGAAAGAUUUUAAAAACGUUUCUAUCAUAACUGUUUUUGGUAACAAGAAAGUUCGUAGUGGAGAUUCAUCAAUUCUGAAGCAUUUUUUACUAAAUUCGCAGUUUUUUACACAUCACUAUCAUGUAUUAAAUAUCAAAUUGAAAAGACAAACAAUUUCAUCGUUUAGUGAACAAAAGACAAAACAUAAUUAUUUGUGAAAAGUUUGGGAUUUAUAUUGGGUUAUGCAAGAUACUCAAUCAUGUGAUCAACGAGAGGAAGAAUCGUCAAUUGUUUUGUAAGCCAUAAUAUAUUUUAAAACUAGAUUCGGUUUACCGAUAAAAAAUAUCUCUUGUGCCCACAACAAUAAUACAACUAUUUUUUAAAAAGAAAAAAGUACCUAUGAGAAUAAGAGCCAUUGAUUGAAAACCUCUGAUGUAAGUUGAAACAACAAAAAUUUUCUAAGAGCAGUAAGUUUGAAAUUUAGUCUUUGAGUAUACAAUAUUAACAACAUUUGAUCAGAAUUCAAGAAACAAAUGUUAUUUGAUUGAAAAAAAGCAUUUUUCAGAGACACAAGUUUGAAAAAUCAAGUUUUUUAAUUUUCAUUUCUUCAUUUCUUCAAUCUUUAAAAGGCCUUAACUUUCCAAUUUGAUCAAGAGGUGUUGACUGAUAAUUUUUCCUUAUCAAUCGAAUAUUUAAAGAAGCAGAUCAAAUUUAUUUGAUUAUUCAAUCUUGAACCCUUUGUGUAAAUUUGAAGAAUCUGAGGAUUAGUUCAAGAGGUAGAAUUUGAGAACAUAAGAAACUAAGAUGGCGGAUGAAAAACUCAACGUUGACAACAUCAUCUCCCGGCUUCUGGAAGUGAAGGGUGCCAAGAGCCAAAAAUCAGUUAUGUUGACGGAAAAUGAAGUCCGGUCACUUUGCCUGAAGUCUCGUGAGAUCUACCUGUCUCAACCAAUGCUCCUGGAGCUAGAAUCACCCCUAAAGGUGGUUGGAGAUAUUCAUGGACAGUACUACGACCUUCUGAGAUGGUUUGACUCCGCUGGGUAUCCCCCAGACUCUAACUACCUGUUCCUGGGCGAUUAUGUGGAUCGUGGCAAGCAUAGUCUGGAGACCAUUUGUUUGAUGAUGGCGUAUAAGAUUAAACAUCCGGAGAACUUCUUCAUGUUGCGUGGGAACCAUGAAUGUGCCUCGAUUAAUAGAAUCUACGGGUUCUAUGAUGACUGCAAGAGGCGAUACAGCAUCAAACUUUGGAAGACCUUUACAGAUGUGUUCAAUUGUUUCCCGGUGGCUGCAGUUAUCGAGGAGAAGAUCUUUUGUUGUCAUGGUGGUAUCAGUCCAGACCUGCGCAAUUUCGAUCAAAUCAGGGAGAUUGAGAGACCAGUUGAUGUGCCGGACAAAGGGUUGAUCUGCGAUCUGCUGUGGGCCGAUCCAGACAAGGAGACGGUCGGUUGGGCGCAGAACCAGAGGGGCGUGUCCUACACGUUUGGAGCCGAGGUGGUCAACAAGUUCCUCCAGGACCACGACCUUGAUCUCAUCUGUCGCGCCCACCAAGUGGUCGAGGACGGCUACGAGUUCUUCGCCAAACGACAGGUGGUCACAAUCUUUUCGGCUCCAAAUUACUGCGGAGAAUUCGACAAUUCGGGAGGAAUGAUGGUCGUUGACGAGAACCUGAUGUGCUCGUUCAAAAUUCUGAAGCCGAAAAUCUCGUCUGGUGCCCAGAAAUCUAAGUGGAGUCGGGUCUAGUAAAUUAAUGUUUUUACAAAAAAUUUCAAACUUUUAUACAAAUUAAACAUCUAUUCUGGA